AUGGAUCGGAUCCUCGAUCCUGCAGCAGCUGCAGCAGCAGCAGCAGAAGCAGCAGCAUGUGCAGCAUCAGCACAAUCAUCAGCAGCAGCAUUAGCAGCAUCAGCAUCAGCAGCAUCAGCAGCAGCAUUAGCAGCAGAAUCAGCAGCAGCAGAAGCAGCAGGAGGUGUACCUACAUCACGUGUACCUAUAAAUAUACAUUAUGUUCCUCUGCAGCAAAUGAAUAAUUAUUUAUUUAAUAAAGAUUUAUUUUUCUUAGAUGCAGCAGCAAAAGUUAUUGAGGCAGCACAAAGACAUAGACAGCAGCAGCAAAUUGAUCAUAAUAAAAAAAGAAGAGGGGUCCACCCCGCCCAAUUACGAAAUUUUUGUGUUCGUCGAUUUUUUGAUUUUUUAUUUUUACCACCAAAUCAUUCAAUUCGUACUUCUAAUAGAACUAAGAUAAUAUAUACACAUAAAGGGCAGCAGCAGCAGCAGCAGCAGCAGCAGCAGCAGCAGCAGAAGGAGGAGGAACAGAAGGAAGAGCAGCAGCAGAAAGAGGAGGAGCAGCAACUAGAGGAGAAAGAGGAGCAAGAGCAGCAGCAGGAGCAACAGGAUCAGGAGGAACAGGAACAUGAGGAGGAUGAGUUGCAAGAAAAGGAUACGCAGCAGCAGCAAGAACAGCAGCAGCAACAACAACAGCAGCAGCAGCAACAACAACAGCAGCAGCAGGGAGAAGAGGAAGAUGGCAGUGUCAAUGAGGAAGCUCUUCCUCGACCUGCAGCGAGUGACGAAGCAGCGUCCGCUGCUCCACAGGAGCAAGAGCAGCAGCAGCAACAGCAGCGGCAGCAGCAGCAACAACAGAGGCACCGGGGGCAGCAGCAGCGAGGGAGGGAAGGGGUAAUAUGUUGGGAUGUACACUUCCGUCUUCCUGAUGCUGCUGCUGCUGCUGCUGCUGCUCGUCUCUCUUUGCUGCUGCGAGAGGAUAAAUUAAUGCAGCAGCAUGCGCUGCUGCUGCAGCAGCACUGCAGCAAGUUGCUGCAGCAGCAGCAGCAGCAACAGAGAAAAAGAAGAUCAGAUGAUGAGGCUCCUGCACCAAAAGAAAAUCUGCUGCUGCAGCGCGGGGCUCGCGGGCCUCUGCUGCCCGCAGAAGCAGCUGCAGCAGCUGCAGCAGAAGCAGCAAUAGGAGUAGGUCCAACAGCAGCAGCAACAGCAACAGCAGAAGCAGCAGCAGCAGCAGCAGCAGAGCCAAUUGCAGCAGGAGCAGCAGAAGGAGGAUUUUAUUUUCUGCUGCCGCUAACAGCAGCCCAUUCAGGUGUCGUGUUGCAGCAUCCUGCAGCAGCAGGAGAAGCAACAGCAGAUGCAGCAGCAGCAGCAACACCAGCAGCAGGAGCAGCAGGAGCAGCAGCAGCAGCAGCAAGGAAGAUAUCUGCUUAUUUGCUGCCAUGGGAUUUAACGUUAGAAGAUUGUCUUAGACAAACUACAGUAGUAGAGUAUCCCGAGAUUAUAGUGGCAUUGCCUGAAGACCUCAGCAGAUACACCUGCUGGCCGCCGCCAUGCAGAGGGGGGCCCCCUUCACGUUUGCAGCCUCCCCGUCCUCCUCCCCCGCCUCCCACGGAGCACGCCAGGCAGCAGCAGCAGCAGCAGCAACAGCAGCAGCAGCAACAGCAGCAACAGCAACAGCAGGUAGAAGACACCACAAGAGAUGGACGUGGUUGUCAUGUUGGCGAGCCGCACUACGCAAUGCAGCAGCAGCAACAGCAGCCGCAGCAGUUGCAGCAACCACAGCAGCAACUGCAGCAGCAACAGCCGCAGCAGCAACAGCAGCAGCAGCAACAGCCUCCGCAGGUGUAUGCAGACCAACGUCCGCGUCCCCCUCAAAGAUAUAUCCAGCAGCAGCAGCAGCGGUACCGCCAGCAGUGGCAGCAGCAACAGCAGCAGCAGCCGCUGCAGCAGCCGCAGCCGCUGCAGCCGCUGCAGCAACCUCAGCCUAUGGUGGCUAGCAUGCAGCAGCAAGUGCAGCAGCAACCGCAGCAGUACGUACAGCCACACGUUUUCCAACAGCAGCAAGGACAGCAGCAGCAGCAGCAGCAGCAAGUCCUUCAGCAGCAGCAGCAGCCACAGCCGCCUCCGGUUGGACAGCAGCUGUACCUGCCACCGCAGCCGCAGCCGCAGCCGCAGCAGCAGCCGUACUACGUGCAGCAGCAACAACAACCACAACAGCUGCUACUGCCGCAGCAGCAGCAGCCGCCGCAGCAACAGCAGUUCCCUCCACCGCCACAGCAGCAGUUUGUGCAGCAGCAGCAGCAGUAUCCGCAGCAGCCGCAGCAGCAGUUCGUGCAGCAGCCAUAUCCGCCACAGCAGCAGCAGCAAUUCGCACCGCAGCAGCAGCAGGUGUUCACCCACCAGCAAGAGUAUAUACAGCCGCAGCAGCAGCAAAUAGAGCAGCAGCAGCAGCAGCAGCAGCAGCCUCAUCGUCCUUGGCAUGGAGGAGUCAAAAGGCAGCAGCAAGGAGGCAGGCCUGGAGGCAACAAAAGACGAGGAGGCUUCCGGCCUAAUUAG